AUGCCGUGUAGCUGCUUCGGUAAGAAAGACAAGAAGGCCGGUGCUAGUGCGGAGAAAUACUCCCGUGAGCCCGAGAAGGAGCCUCUGACCACCCAGACCUCGGCCCCGGCUCCUGCUGAGGCCCCGGCUCCGACGCAGACCGAGCCUGUCCCGGCCACCCCACCCACCCCUGUCACGCCCACCUCGGCUGAUGCUCGUCUCCGCCCCGAGGAUGACCCGGACAAAGCUUCUCGCCGCCGGGACGUGGUGGCGUCCUUCUACAGUGACCAGUGUGAGUUGAUCGGCUUCAAGGCCACAGGCUCGCGGCCGCCCUCCGCUGUUGUUGGCAGCGGCGGCGAGAAUCCCUCCGCCACUUCCUCUCCGCUAGUCUCCCCGCCCUCCUCCUCCCGUGCCAGUGCGUUGUCUCGCGCUGACCUCGCCCUCAAACGGCGCGAGUUUUUCAAAGAUUUGGCCGUGAAUGACCUGAACAGCUCGCGGUACGGGACGUCCGAGCCGUCCUGGCGACUGGUGGAUUCCGGCUCCUUGACAACGCCCCGCCGCUCCCACCAGCAGGACGGCCACCACCACCACACGCUGCCCGCACAGGCCAGGUUCGGCGGCGUCGUCCUCCGUCCCAUCAGCACCCCAUCCAAAGCUACUUCAGGUCCUGACCUGCGCAUCAUUAACGGGGAGUCCUUGGACAGCCUCGACCACCAGAAGCAUGACGACAAAGUAUCUGAGUCCGAGCCCCUGCUGGGUGGCGGGGCCCCUCAGGAAGCUGCAGCACACCGGCAGGAGGCGGGCGUCCAGGAACCGCUCCUCGCCACUCAACUCUCGCAAGGGGACCAGUCCACUCCAGCAUCACCAGCAACGCCCCCAGUGACCCCAGCAACGCCCCCACCAACGCCCCCAGCAAGAGCAGAACCUUCGGCCCCAGAGAUGCCCAGCUUUGAGCAGCCGCUUGCCUCAGAGGCGCUGAUCGAGCUGGCCGCGACACAUUUAGAGGGCAGCUCGAUGGCCCCGCAGCGGGAGGAGGGGCAGCUGGUGGUGCAGCAGCAGUACAUGCAGCAGGUGUCUGUCGGGAGUGAUGACGAGCGUCUGGGUGAAGGUUCGUGUAUCCUGAUCAAGGAAGCCUUUCCUGAGGAGCCUCUCGCACACCCGGACACGUCCUCACAUGAUGUCCCAGCCACGACCAACGCCUCGGGCACCACACCAGCGCCAUCUGUUACUCACGAGGCCGAGGCCGCCCGGCACGUUUCGCAACAUUCCAGCGAGCAGCCUACCACGCCGCCACCCACGGGCAGCCCAGGCCAGCGGCGACCUUCCUUCCCGAAGGAGGAGGAAGAGAGGGAAGAGUUGUCGCGGCUCACGGACCAGGCGGCGCUGGAUUCUGACCAAGACUUGAGGAGGGCAACGUCCUCCCCGGAAACCUCUCCGCCUGGCUCGCCACAGGAGUCACGGCAGCUGCAUGUGGGGGAGAGUGUGACGGCGGCGGCAACCGAGCUGCAUCCUGACGCUCCCCAGCCAAAGCAGGAGUCUGGAGGCAGCCCCGAGGAGGCGAGGCUCAGUCCAACCAUCGUGGGCUGCAUCCCCAAGGCAGCCCCCACCCAGGAGGCAGAGGGCAGCCCGCCAUCCCCACCCAACACCCCGCCCACGAACCACUCUCCCACGACCGAUCCGCCCACGACCCACCCGCCGUCGCCGCCCGCCGGAGAGAAGACCACUGCACCGGCACCGCCCACCCAACCUAACAUAGAUGAGCGGGCGCCGCCCCCGCUCACCCCGCCCAACAAGUCAGAGAGCUGUGGCGUGGCCGUGUCCUCCUCGCAGCUGGAGGACGACGGGCUGGGCUCCGACAUCGACGACGCGCUGAGCUCCCUCGAGUGUCUCACCGAGGAAGGUAACAGCGAGAAGCGGGCGACGGCCUCCACCUAG